AUGGCUCCUGAUCCCAGUGAAUCAUUCAGAGAGCUUCGGCCUGUCUGUAUAAAACUUUCAAAGGAACCUUCACCACAAAACAUCAAAGAUUUGGAGGCUAAACUACGGAUUUUAAAUCCAGCGCACCUCACCCAACUGGUAGAGUACGUGUUGUUUCCUCUAAAACUUGCCUUGCAGAGCGGCAAUGCUACAAACGAAGUACAAGAAACAGCUGUUGGAUGCAUCGAAACUCUCUUUAGACGUGCACGUGUUUGUCAGCUGAGAACAUUUGAAGAAAUGUUUAAUUACAUGUGCAUGCUUCUAAGUUCAAGGGAAGGGGGUCCGGGUCACUUGGCUGGCAUUCCCGAAGAACUUAAGCUGAAUGUCGUCAAAUGUCUCUCUUGCCUUCUCCAGAGCUCAUCACUUGUGGUUAGAGGUGCAUUUUAUUCACCACGUCUGCUUCCAGUUCUUGGGCAUUCAGUGAGCGUCUUGUUGGCAUUGUCAGGAAACGAGAAAGCCAGAAAUUUAAGAGUGUGUGCCCUUGAGUGCCUCAGUUAUUUGGCUUGUUGCAGCGAAAACUUUGGUUGGCAGUCAGAGGUCGGAAGCGAUCCUCAGCAGCAAGAUGACAGGCUCGCAUUACAAGAUGCAAUCAAGGAUUCUGUAGCACAAGCAUUUGCUUCAUUUGUACCUGGAAUUUCAACAGCUUUAUGCCGAAUUAUUACAGGAGACACUAAACAAGGCCAUGUGGUUAUUACCCAGGCCAUCUCUGUGUGGGGGGACGUUCUUUCUUUAGUGAUGAAUGAUAAGCAUUUGCCAAUAAAACAAUCAGAGGACAAAGACAUCAUUACACAACUUAUGUCACUGACUACUGCAGAUAAGUGUAAUGAACCACAAGAAAACCCAAAACAAGAAAUUUCAAGCUCAAAUCCAGAAGGAAACGAUAAACUGCAGCAGUUAAAAGUUGACAGAAGUUUAGAAUGGUUUCGGGAGACAGGAAAAAAAUUAAAAAUUGUCAUUGGAAGACUUAGUAUCAUUUCUGCACACUCUAACUGGAAAGUGCGACUUUCAUUGGCAAAGUUCUGUGACAAACUUCUUGAAAACUGCAAGGACUCAUUAGAAAUUUGUGCAUCCACUCUGGUGGAUCUCUUGGUUGGAUUGACUGAGGAUGAUUAUUCACAAGUGGCAUCACUCAGUAAAAAAGCCCUAAGUAAACUUUCUGAAAGACUUGGAAAUGGUGAGGACUGUUAUCUAUGUUUUUAGGCUUUGCCAAUUUUGGUACAGCUAGAAAACUUAUUAGACUUCUUUCUGGUUGUGAUUUAAACAUGAAAAAGUGGGAUCAAUAUCAGUAUCUAGGCAACUGCCCACCUACCCCUCCCCUAACCCAACAACAGUCUAUUAAUAACAAGUUAGGGUUAAUGUUGGGUUAGGAGAGGGGUAGGUGGGCAGUUGCUCAGAUACUGAUAUUGAUCCAAAAAGUGCAAUAAUAGUGCACUUACCAUAUGCUUUCAUUUUUUGGUUCAUGUUCAAUGUGCUUUAAUGAUAUCUUAUCUUAAGUUAAACUAGGUUAAGCUGUAUAGCUAUCACGUGAUAAUUUGAGUUGAUAUAAAUUUGGCCACAGGAGAAAGUUUCUAAUUAAAAGCUUGUGUUUUAUCCCUCACUCUGACUAAGGGCUUACACUUAAAACAUCAGUUUUAGAAACUCUAUAUGAUAACAAACAUACAGUAUCAAUCAGAUGAUGAACCAAAUUAUCCCAUAUACCCACCACAGAUUCAGCACCGCAGUUUCUAACCCCUUAGCCCAAAAAGUUAUGCCUUCUAUCGGUAAUGGUUUGGUGUAAAAUCAGGUAUUAUAAAGGAAAAGUGCCAUCCAUGACCAAAGUCAAAUAAGUUGUUUUAAUUGUUUAUAAGCGUUGUUGAACAGAUUUUGCAGACUAUUUGCCUACUAGACACUGAGUCAAAAUAGAUCGACUUGUCUUUUUGUAUUAAUUUUUUUUUAUUUCUUAAUUUACUAGGUCCCAGCCCACUGAACUCCAUGUUGGAGGAGAAUCUUCAUUUAGCAUUGACAUCACUCCCUAGACUCAUGAGAACAGGGGAUGAUGCUCAAAAAAUCCAAAGCCUAAACCUUGUUCUUGGUUAUUUAAGCCUCCUUGGUAACAGGCUUUAUAACUUACUAAAUUCUUCAUCUUAUUUGAAGAGACUUUCCCUCGCCCUGAUUCAGGUAUGAGGAACUUUAACAUUUUGAUACAUGUACAGUGUAUUUGCAAAAUGUGUACAAUAGAAUAGAAGUGUCAUGAAAAAAAGUUUCUUUGAUAUAGACUUUAUAUUAACAAUAAGUGAUAAAGAGGAACAGCAUUUUUACCUCUCUACAGUCUUCAGGUUCUAAUGAAAUCUGAAAUUAUAAAAAAUUAGCAAAACUCAGGGGCAGAUCCUGAAAAUUGUGGUAGAGAGUGCUGAAAAAAUUUUGUCUAGAUUAUAAGAUCAUUCCAUGGGAUUAGCCACAACAUGUGCACAUGAUCAGGGUGACGCCAUAUUAUAGUGCCUUGCAAAAAGAGUUCGGGAUCAUGAGCUGUAAAUCUCCCCAUGUGGGGAUACUUCUCAGAGUUAUGUGAGUCAAAGCUGUCAGUAUUAGUGCAUCCAUAGAUGACUCAUGUUGGAGUACUAGUCUUUCACAACCACUUUUAAGAGAAAAACUGAUCAGUACUAAUAGCCAAGUUAGAAUGAGGGUAGUUUUUAUAGGAUUUUUAUAUCACGAGGUUUGUUCAUGACAAUAAUCUCAAGUCUUUAGAGUAGUCUUUUUUUUAAUUCUUGUUUGAUGAGGUAACAACACUUUUAUUCCACAUUUUCAUAAGAUAGAAUAAAUUUACAGCACAGUUAGUCCUUUCUUUAAAAUAGCAGAGCUCUAUGGAAACCCAAAAACAGGCCUUACUUUAAAUUUCAUCCUUCAAACUUUUACAGGUUCUAGAGUUUGAUGUUGGUGAUGUGGGAAUUGUAGAAGAAAAAACACCAUCUUUGUCAGAAACAGCAGUUCUACCAUCAGAGACUGAAGGACAAAACCCAAUGUCAUACCCAGUAAACCUGUUCACAGCCAGCACAUAUCCAAAAUACCACUUCAAGCAUUUCACAGAUGAAAAAGUUAAGGUGGCUGUGAACCAAAUUUGUCGUACCAUUGGUUACCAUGGCAACCUUCCUCUUGUGGUUGAUCACUUCCUUGACUUGUUUCAUGAAUCAAAGCUGUACCAGAAGCAAGCUGUUUAUAUUUUGAGUGAGAUUGUAGUGGGUUCCUCACAAGGAGUAGCAGAUAGUAACACAACUUUUUGUAAUGGUAAGAUGUAGAAAAUUAGUUUUAAGCCAGGGUCUCCAAUUAGUUUGAAAGCUGAAGGCAGUUAAGAAAGGUCAUUUUGGACAUCAUGUUGAUUUUUCUGAUCACACACAAGACCAUGAGCUAUUUGGUUAAAAUGUUCCAAGCACAUGAACCUUUGAAUCUUGGAAUUUGAAACUUGCAAUUGAGUUAAACCUCCGAACCUGUUUAUGAUAAAUUAUGCUUUAAGUUAAACUAAGAAAUGGCCCACGUACAAAUGUUUUUGAUAGUAUUUCAAUAAAUGUAUAACUGUUCAUUAGGAAUUAAUGUAGUUGGCACAGUGCAGCUGAUGUUAUCCUCAGCUUUAUUCAUGACAGGAAAGUUACUGCUUGACUAACGUGCGGCUUGAAACCAAGGUUUCAGUACUUUUGCUGACAAUAAUCUGUCAAGAAAGGUAUACAAAUAUCGUGCAUUAAUUACUUUGUAUAAGUUGAUACACCUCAAAAAUCCUGAAACACCCUACACUGGAAAUUUUUCUUAUCAUACUUGUAAGUGCUUAAACCAACUUUUGGCUCUACAAUUUUUUCCUAGAGGCCAAUUGAAAAAAUAGUUACUGGUAUUUUGUUUUCCCUACAGGGACAGAAGAUGACCACAAACUGUUGAAAAACCAUAGCAAAAACUGUAAAGAGGUUCAUGAUACUGUAGAACUCCUAAUUACUGAGUACAUUUCAGACAUUAACUGGAACUUGGUGACAUCAAAUCCUCAAGUAAUGCCUUCACGUAAACCUGUCGCAGCAGACCCACAUGAUUUCCUCACUGUCAAGAAAGAGACCAAGUUACGAAAAGCACUACCUUUUGAAAAUUUGAAUAGCAAUGUGCAACUCAGCUGUUUGUUGCUGGAAGCAAUUGGAGUGUUUUCCACUGUUAUUCCUUCGCAAUUUGAGGCAUCCUUAAUGCAGGUUCUUUACCCCAUCAUGGCUAAGCUAGGAAGUGGCAGUGCCACUGUAAGUCGCUCAGCAUAUGAGACUCUGGUGAAGAUUUGCCAGAGCUGUGAGUAUGAAUCAGUGGAUGACCUGAUUGCCAGAAAUGCUGACUACCUAGUGAAUGCUAUAUCUCUGGAUUUCAAGUAUGUUUUCAUGAACUGUCAAGCUCCUUGUGUGCUAAGAGUGAUGAUCCAGUACAGUAACCCAGGAAUUCUUUCCAUUAUCGAGGACACCCUCAUGGAUAUAUUUUCAGUUAUUGAUCUCUAUCCUGAUGAGUUACUGUACCUUUUGAUGAAAGUGUUAAAUGUCCUGGUUCUUAUGAUAAAGAAGUGGUUUCCAGCUCCAGUUAAAGAAGAAGUGAUCAAGGAGCCUAAGGAAGAGGUACAAGUUGUACUCACAAACCUUUUUUUUCUACAAAUCAACCAAGUUCAUUACAAAAUAUAAUUAUUUAUUUGUAGAAAUAUUUAAGACACAUAAUUAUAGUAUCAGUAUAUUAAGGGUUGAUACUUGAAUAUUAGGGUAUAAGAAAGCUUAUAGUGAUCCAUAUCUGAAUUAACUACUGCUUGGAGUAUUGCUACUUCUGCUGGGCAGUAUGUUUGACAUAGUCCAUUAUAGUUUGCCCCAAAUGAUUUUGUCAAAAUUCCUAGACAGUGGGACAGGUUGGUCAAAACGAUCCAACAACCGGCUCAUUUCUCUGUUUAUUCUGAAAAACUUGCCAGUUAUUCCAAAGGCUUUUAGCUCAAUUUUUAGCAGGGAAUCAUGAUGUUGAUGACCCUUAAGGCUGUCUACUUUGUAAUUCACAGCCUGGUUACUCAAAAUCUUUUUGACAGCCGUGGGGAGAAUAUAAGUUAACUGAAAGUGUCUCUGCCAGGACCACAUGAUACAUAAAGAAGACUGGGGUUCAUGCCAAAUCUUUUAUUUAUUUAUUUUUUUUCUUGACUGUGAUGAGUUAGGCUUUCUUUACUUAAUGCUUGCUGAUUUUAUUGCUGAUCUGCAUAGAAACCAAGCAGCAUCUGUCAAGAGGGACAGAAUUCUAAGUUUGACAAAGAUGAAGAUACUAACACAUCACCAGACCAGAUACGGCAAUAUUUCCUGGAUUAUCACAAAAGGAAGCAACAAGCCAUGGGAUAUGUGGAUGAAAAAGAACUUGAGGGAACAGAAGCAAAAGAAUGGGAGGAAAAUAUUGAAGAGGAACAGUUUGAGGCAGAUAAGAAACCUGAAGUGCCAAGACAUGUUAAAUAUGUAACAAUGGUGAGCCAGUUUGCAAUGUAUGGAUGUAAAUAUUAUUUUGUCUUAGAGGUGGGCUUUUUUCUGGAAUCUAGUUAAAAGAGAUGAAAUUUUCAAACUAGUUUUCAAGGCUUAGAAAAAAGUAAAGUGAGAAAAUAGAGACUAAAUAAUGAAUCCUAGGCUGUUUUUAUUAUUUCUUUAUGCACAUUUACAUUGUGUAACAGUCUCUUGAUUACAUCAAGUCUGAAACGCCACAACUUUACCCUUGAACCCCUAAUGGAGACUAGCAUCUAAUUUCUCCUUGGCAUGCAAUAUCACUCCUGGAUCAAACAUUAAGGUCACAAGGAUAAAGGGAAUGAAACCAAUCAAAGAGGUUCUUGACUGGUAAACAAAUUCUCCUUGUCACCACGUUAGGAAAGUUAUAGAACAGUGUGGAGAAUAUGCAUACUGAUGUUAGGGUGCAAAUGGUUAAAGUGGGUAAGUUUCUAAAGAAACUGUGGUGCUGCGUCAGUGGAAGGGUGUAACAAAGUAAUUUAGUAUUAUCAGCUGGGUCAAUAAUACCAAUGAUACCAAUAGAGUUUCAAAGCUGGCUUUUUUGAAUGUUAGUCCUUUGUCAGAGCAGGCUAAUACUGGAUACAUCAGCUUUGAAACUCCUAACAGUGGCCAAUUUACACUUAGCAACUCUGUGUUUCUUUUGCAAAAUAGUAUUGAUAUUAAUAUAUCAAGAUGGUUGCACUUGGGUUUGGAAAGAUGGUUUUAUUGCAAAUUGUAUGAAAGAAUCUUUAAUUAAUGAAUUUUUCUAAGGAAUCCAGUAUAAACUGGAUAUGAAACCUGCAUGGAUUACUUUUUGUUAUGUAGGUGCUGGAAAAGUGUGUACACUUCCUGUCAUCAAAGUCUCCAUGGCUACGUCUCUUAGUGCUGGAUACAAUUGACAUUGGUGUCCAGGCCAUUAGCCAGUCAGAAGACCAACUCCUUCCCAUGAUUCAUCGCUUGUGGCCACCAAUGGUUAAGAGAUUCACAGAUGAUGAACAGGUAAAUGAAUGGAAGUUUUUUCUCAUUAUUUUAUUUGUUUCUAUUGAUUGUCUCCAACUCCUUGUUUGCAAUUUUGAAAAUAGUGCCUCGUCAAAAAGACAAAAAAUGUCAUACCAUAAUAUGACAAUUUUUUUUUUCCUCUUUCCCUCGAGUACAGGCUUAAUGGGUUAAUAUCAUUAUCUGAGCAACUGCGCACUUACCCCUCCCUGAACCCAACAUUAACACAAUUUUUUUAUCGGUUGAUUAUCAUUGGGUUAGGGGAAGGUUAGGUGCUCGGUUUCUCAGAUACUGACAUUGAUCUGACUUUACUUACUUACUGACUAUGUGACUAAAUCUGAAAAGCUAAUGACUGUGUGCCGUUAAUAACAUGCACAAAUUACCAUGAUUAAACAAGAAGUAAACUGUUUCAUUUGUCUCCCACCUAACAUUGCAUGUUCUUGUUGCAGGUGGUAACAAUCAAGGCUGUUUCUGUCUUGUGCACCAUGUGUGAAGCAUCAGGAAGCUUUAUGUACCGUCGAGUUAUCAAGGACACCAUUCCAUCCAUGAUUGCUUUUCUUGAUAAACAGGCGUCAGUGAGCCUAAAGGCUGGCCCAGUCUACUCUCAGUCUCAGUCAUUCAAGCAGCAGCUGGCCAUGUUGAAGAGCCUGGGUCGGUUGUGUAAACAGUUAGAAAUUGGUGAAACAAUGCUUUGUUCUGUAGUGUGGGUUUGUACCCAGUACCUCAGCUGCCGACAGCCCAAGCUACUUCAACAAGUAUGUGAUAAAAACACAGAGCAUAACCAUAAGCAGAGCACAAGCUUGUUCCUAGGCUAUCAUUCAUUAAGCAAACCUUACCAUAUAGAAUUAUCUGUAUAAGGUGUUUUCAAAUUGCUUUAAUUUCCUAUGUAACUGGUUAAAAAAAGGGGGCCCUGAACAAUAACCAAUCACAUCCAUGUGGGAGGGUCACUUGACGACCAAACCCAGAGACUUGAUUUGACAUGCAAUAUGCAAAUGUAGCAAUAGACCUUGACAGUGAAGUGUUACAAUACUUCAACAUUGUAACAGUUUUGAUACAAUUUACUUGGUUACAAAAAGUGAAUAUUUCCUUUACAAUAUAUCCUCCAAAAACUCAUCCUACAGAUGAGUGUUACAAUACUUGAACAUUGUAACAGUUCUGAAGCAAUUUACUUGGUAACAAAAAAUUGAAUAUUUCCUUUACAAGAUAUCCUCCCAAAACUCAUCCUACAGAUAACAAUCAAAAUCGCAGCUUUGUAAUUUAGAAGACUUUUUAAAAGUUACAAAUCUCUUAUAAGUUGUUACCAUUAUUUGACUUAAUAUCUACUACGAUUGUUCUUACAGGCGGCAGUUGAUGCAUUUAGAGACUUUACGUCAGUUGAUCCAGACUUAAUCUGGCUGAGUUUGAAUGACCUGUACUGCCCAGGAGAGCUUACUCCACCACAUGAAACAUUCCAGCCAGUCCUACUGGCAGGAGUUCUUCCACAAUGCAAAGAAUAUGCUGAGAAUGUAAACUUGCUGUUAUAUCCAGCCUGUAAAUAGCAACAGUAUCGUGGACUUUUUGUUGAACUGGUCUUGAACUUGUUCUGACGAGCUAUUGUUCUUGUUACAAUUGUUGGAAUUUGUAGAUAGCAUUUGUUGUUUUUUUUCCUUUCUGGAAUGCCUC